GGGAUAUGGGGCAUCUAUGGACGGGUAUCAUAAGGGCUGCAGGCGUUUAGGCUUGGGGAGUCGCCGGAAAGGCGUACCUACAUGCGCGGUUCUAUGUACAUAUCAGUAGAACCAUGCAAUGUACCAGAUACAACCCAAGCUUUGUGCAAACUGCCAGAUCAAUGCUGAUGUGUCUCGUAAUCAAGCCUCACUGCAACUCCCCUUGCACAGGUGUGUGCACGCGGCAGCCCCGCCUCUGCUUGUCUUUAGCGCGAAAGGCGCGCGUUGAUCUCCCGGCACAAACAACACCAAAACAAAGACCAGGUCAUCACGCAUUCCAUAGUCCACCGACACUGCCACACUGCUGGCACAACUUUGCGCAUUGCCAUCUCCCACACACCUGGACUCAGCAUUCGACUUAAGCGCACCUCGACCUGCGAUCUCCAGCGCACGACGCGCACCCACGCCGACCAACACAAACACGCAAUGCAAUCCGAGCACCGCAAGAUCGAGCUUCAAUCGCCUAGCGAUCUCUCCUACCUCACGUCACAAAUCCGUACCGCUGCGCGCCAAAAACUAGACCUCCAUCUACCCGCACAACCCUCAGACAACGCCGACGACCUGCGCGCACAAACCGAAGUGCUGGUCGACGCCUUCGUCGCGCAAGUCCUUGCCGGACUGCGGAACAACAUCACUAUCAAUGGUCUGGACGUCGUUGCGCAGAGCCGAGGCGGUGGCUUUGGAGAAGAGGACGAGAUGGAGGGCGUUGUAGCUGAGGACGUGCAGGGCGUCGAGGAGGAGGAGUUUGAGGCAUUUGACGAGAAGUUGAGAGUCAAACUUGCCAAAGAAGUUGAGAAGCGAGACAAGUUGGUUGCGAACAUAUCGAAACAUCGCCGCGAGACAGCGAAGAAAAGCGCAAAACAAUUCGAGGAGCGGUUCCAGCAAGAAGCACACAUCUUGGAGGAGCAGAGAAGAGGCGAGGUGGAGAAGGCGCAAGCUUUGAGUGAGGAGGAUGCGCUGGAUAUCGAGAUUGCGAGGGACGAGGAGGUCAGAAAGAACUGGGAGAGGGCGGUUGAGGGCUUGGGGAGGCUGAACAAGGGCUUGCCUGAGACAAGAGCACGGCUGGAGAGAUGUGGAGAUGUUGUUGAGUACCUGGGCGGUGAGAAGAAGUAAGCGCAAGAUGAGAGGGUGAUUUUUGGUAUUCGGCGUUUAUGGGCUACGUGACUUGGGACGGAUACCCGUUUGAUUUGACUGUAUCGGAUAUGCAAGGCAUCAUUCGCGAAAACGAUCUACUAUUCAACAUCUCAUCUUACUAACCGUAACAAGCCAUCGUUUUGUUGUUACGGUCCAAAACAAGGCCAGCACCCUGCAUCACACUUUCUGCUUGUUCUCUACAG